AUGUUGAGAACACUUCAAAGCACCCGUUUUAUGCAAUUGACCCGUGGAUUCAAGACCUCACCACGUGCAUUCGUUGCUGUUGGUGAUUCCAUUCCUAAGAUCACCUUAUUUGAAGGGUCUCCUGGUAAUGCAGUUGACUUACCCAGUGAAUUGAAUGGAAAAUCCAUUAUUGUUGGUAUUCCAGGGGCCUUUUCUCCUGCCUGUUCUGCUUCACAUGUUCCUGGUUUUAUUGAGCGCAUUGAUGCCUUGAAGAAUGCAGGUGUUUCCAAUGUCUAUGUUGUUGGUGUCAACGAUGCCUUUGUCAUGAAAGCUUGGGGAGAUUCUUUAGGUGGUGGUGUUAAAGGUAUCAGAUUCUUAGCCGAUCCUGCUGGAGAAUUCAAUAAGGAAUUGGGAUUACUAUUUGAUGCUGAAAAGUUCUUUGGAAAUAAAAGAUCAAAGAGAUAUGCUUUGGUAGUUGAAGAUGGUAAAGUCUCCUCUGUUUUUGAGGAACCUGAUAACGUUUCUGUCGAUGUUUCUGCUGCCGCUAAGGUUCUUGAAAGCUUGUAA